UUCUGCUCUCCACACGCUCUCUCACUUCCAUUAUAUAUCUCUCUCCACUCUCCAACUCCAACUCCCAAAUCCAUUACUACUAGUGAGUAGUGACUUUUUCAUUCAAUUUCCUAACUUUUUUCUCUUUCCAUUGUUCUUCUUUUUUCACUCCCAACACCAAUGGCAUUCCAUGAUUUACUCUUCACACCCACCAUUUCCCUCUUCAUAAUUCUAUUUUCUCUCUUUUCCACCCCUUCCCAUUCUGCCCUCACUUGCGCUUCCCAGAAGCUCAACCGCACCUACGCCAACUGCACCAACCUUCCCACCCUCGGCGCCACCCUCCACUUCACCUUCAACGCCACUAACCGCUCCCUCUCCGUCGCCUUCUCCGCCGAGCCUCCCUCCCGCUCCGGCUGGGUCGCCUGGGGCCUCAACCUCGCCGGCGAUGGCAUGCGCGGCGCCGAAGCCUUCCUCGCCUUCCCCUCCUCCGCCUCCGCCUCCGCCAUCACCCUCGGCCGCUACAACCUCACCUCCUACAAAGCCAUCGACGAAGUCAAAGCCUUUACCUUCGACUCGUGGGACCUCGCGGCCGAAGAAUCCAACGGCGCCGUAACCAUCUACGGCUCCGUCAAGAUCCCCGAUUCGGCGAGGAACGUCAGCCACGUGUGGCAGGUGGGUCCCGUGGCCGCGGGCAAGCCUGGGGUCCACAGCUUCGAAAAGAAGAAUACGGACUCCAAGGCCGCGUUCCCUGUCGCGCUGGUGGGGCCCAACACAACUACACCAGCGAGUGGCGAAAACGCGACUGCGCCCGCGAGUGGUGGGGACAAGAAGAACGGUGCUGCUGGGGAGAGCUUUGGGGUUGGGUUUUACUUUUGGUUGGUUUUCGCAUUGAUGAUUGGUGUCGUUGCUAUUUGAUGUGAUUCUUUUUCACCGUUUUACCUUUUACCCCCUGGAGCAGGGUCAUUCAAUAAUUUUUACUGUACUGGGACAUUUGGAUUUUUUUUUAAUAUUUGUUGUAUUGUAGGUUUUUUUUUUUUUUUUAAUCUGUACGCGUCGUUUUGGGGGUUUUAUUUGGGGAUGGUAGAUCCGUAGAUGGGUUGUGCCUGUUGUGUUAGAAAUUCAAAUUCUGCUUUUAGAAUGAACAUGUAGUUAUUGGAAUCGGAUUUUUCGUUUUAAGGGAUAUUGUAGUUGCUAGC